AUGUCGUUCUUCUCAAAUCUCGCACAAAUUCAAGCCCGCUCAUUAUACAUAAAAACGCAGCCAUGCUCCCGCAAUCUGGAAGAAUCGAAACUCAUCCUCGCCGCGCUCCAGAAAUUCGGCGAAGUCGUUAGCUUUCGCAACAACAGAUUGAACCCAUCAAGAGAAGGCGAUUUCGGCAUAUCAGGCGCUCCAAGCGUAAACACAAUAAACGUAACCUUUGACUCUCCGCAAGCCGCGCAGGCCGCAAUCAGCUCAUCCCCUCUUGUCGUUGACCUCCGUGGUACUGGAAAAUCGAACCCUCCCAACAACGCGAAUACCGGUGACAAUGCCAACGCCGCCGCCGCCGAAGCCAACAGCGACGCAACACCCCUGCAAGAUCUUAAACCUCGACCGGGAACCUCGACUCGGCACCCGCGAACAAUGAUACGGUGCUCCAUCACAGAAUCCAAAGUGGACCAUGUGUCAGCGGCGAAGCGUAACCCGUUCUCUGGGACUUUUAACCCGUAUGUGCGGAGUCCUGUUUAUAAAGGUCUUGUGGACAUUCUAGAUAAAAGAUUGAAGGGGCUAGCGGAUUGUUCAACAGCGAGAAAGACAAGUCAGCCUCCGAAUUUAUCAAAGGCUUCGUAUGAUUCAGCUAGUGCGAUGGGAGGUGGAUCGUUGUUCGGGUUAUGGAAACAGAGAGACGUUUGGCAGAGAAAAGGGGAGGCGGAGGUGACAAUACCGGGGUUGAUUAAGAAGAUAGAGGAGUUACAGAUGGAAAUUGAGAUCCAGGGCCCGCAAGAGGACAAAACCGAGGAAAUAGCGGAAUUGGAGAGGCAGAUUGAGCAGAUGGAGAAAUGGGAUAAGAAACAAAAGCAGGCUGAGACCCGACAAGGAUCCAAAGAGAAGAGGCUCAGAGCCGUUAGGAAUACGGAGAAGAAGAAAGCGAAGGAAGAAAGGAUGAGGAAAUGGCGCGAAGAAAAGGGACAGGAAGAGAGCAUGGGGCAGACGGCCGGGUGA